AGAACUUCAAUUUACUUUGCCUUCAAAAGACUAUUAAGCAUUACUUUUUGUGUGCACAGGAACUCACACCCUGCCAUACUUAAGGGAAAUUUUUAUCAACAAUUUCUGUACCUCCUGGGGAUACACAUUCUUCUUUAUUUUAAAAGAAUUAGAAACAGGAGGAAAAAAUAUGUGUGUUGAGAUGCCUGUAUUUCCUCCCAGCCUAAGCUCUGAUCUUUAAGUGCAUUAUUAGGUUGUAAACAUUAAACACUCGGUGAUCUGUUGAGCCAGAUAUAGUUUGAUGGGAGUGAGGCUGAGCUUUUAGCCUUAGGGUUCAUCUAAGCUAUGUUUUCAAGCUCUCCUAAUUCAAAAUUGUCUAAAAUUAACUUUUUUUAAUUAAUAAAAAAGUGAAAAUUUUUAUUUGCCCGCAUUUAUGAAGAGCACUAUAAUGUGAGAUUUCUUAAAAAGUGGGAGUUAAAAAUUAGUUUUAUAUUGUUAUGAGUUUAGACACCUAUAUUGUUCAAGAGUGACUGUAACUUACAGUUUUAAAUUUCUAUUUAUGCCCUGUGCUGCACACUGAGAAUAGUUGCAUAAAUCCCUUUUGAAGUCAGGUCAAAUUUGAUACCAGAAACAGAGACCAGCAGCUGCUGAGUGGGAAUGAUCUAGGAACCAUCAGACAAAGUGGGGAAAAAAAACCCCAACUCACUGAAAACCAUCUUGCAGAGAGGAAAAGGAUGAAUAACAAAGGAAACCCCAAACAUCAACACCAAGAAGGCAAACCCCAGCCCUCACCCAGAAGCUGUGAAGGCAGAGGAAGCCAGCAGGUGGACUCCAAAAGCCCUCACAGGAGGUGAGCCUCUUCCUGUGGCGGCCGCACACCAGCACAGCCUGUAGAGGAGCCUCUUUUCAUCUUCUUCUUCUUCUCUCCCGUGGCCUCCCGUUCCCAACACUGCCGGCCGGGCAAGAUGAAGUGGAGGAGGAUCACCGUCCUUGCCACCCUGCAGGCACAGCUCCCAGCCACAGAUGCUGCAUCAGUUCUUGGCCUCACAGAUCCCAGGCUCUGCUACGUGCUGGAUGGAUUCCUCUUCAUUUACGCAGUGGUCAUGACAGCCCUUUUUGUGAAGGCAAAGCUCAGCCAGGCCUCUGAACCACAGCUGCGACCAGGCCAGGAUGACGUGUACAACAAACUCUCCCGCUCGCACAGAGACGAUUACGAUGUUCUGGGAGGGAAGCGAGGAGCAGACCCCGAGCUGGGCGGGAGACACCAGCAGAGGAGAAAGAACCCUCAGGACACUGUCUACACUUCACUGCAGAAGGACAAGAUGGGUGAUGCAUACAGUGAGAUUGGAAUGAAGGGAGAGCAGAGGCGGCGAGGCAAAGGAAAUGAAGGUCUCUACCAGGGGCUCAGUGCAGCAACCAAGGACACUUAUGAUGCUCUCCAAAUGCAGCCUUUGCCCCCACGCUAAGUGGGAGCCUCAGAGGGGAUGGGCAGGAGUGAGAGAUGCCCACCUGCUUUGGGGAGGAGAGGGGGGAAAGCCUUUUUCAUCCAACACAAGCACUGUGUGUUUUCUGUGUGCAAGAUCCUCCUUGGGUUGGUGCACAGACUCUGGACCUGGCCUUUCUCCCUCUCCUCCUGAAUCAUGUAACUGCUUCUGCUACUAGAAUGUACAUAACUGUAAAGUUGUUUCCAGUUUUAGUGGGUAUUAGGCUGAUUGUUUUUUUUUGGUAAGGUUUGUGUUGUGUGACCAGACCACACCUGGUAACACUGCUAUUUCCAUAGCUCUUCCUUGUCUUCCAGAGUAUUAAGACAUGGACUUAUAGUUUUAUUGCAUUUAAACUAUUUGCAGAGAUAGGGGGGCUGUAUUUACUUCCUGUAGUAUUUAUCUUAAGACUAUUUCUCCCUUUUUGCUUUAAAUUUGCCUUUAAAAAACUGCUUCAGUGGAGGGCAACUUGUUUUUCUUUAAUUAUAAAGAGUGACAUGAUGUUGCAGCAGUGAAGCAGGGAGGCUGAAUGCCAACUUUCCAGUAGGAAGAAAAUGAGCACCAAUAUCCCAAAAAAGAUCAAGCAAAGGCACUGCCACUCAUCCAUAAAUAUGAGCCAGGUAAGGUAAGCUGAGUGAGAGACUUCUUUGCAGGCAGUAAAACAAAACAAGGAGAUGGGUUCCCCUGUUAUCACUUCCAGACAACAAACUGUACAAAAGCCAACAUAAAUGCCUUUUCCAAACCAGUCUCUCAUCAGGCUGCCUCUAAAAGGUGUGGGUAUCAUUCCAAAGAGGCACCACUUCAAUAAUGCCAUGUGUUUGUGAUGAAUUAAUAAAUUAGUGCCGCAGCCCCGUGUGCGUGUGCAGGGAGCAGCAGCGGAAUGGCACGAGCUCCUUACCUGAGGCAUUCAGGCCGUCUGAAGCAGCCUGCAGCACCAUCUCCCAGGGAAGCUGAGGAGGACAGGAUUCCAACAGGAGCUCCUACACACAUCCCAGAAGCUGGGAUGGGCUGUUGGGGAAAAUGCCCCAAACCCAGGUAUCAAAGGGACACUCACCUG